AUGGAAACACUACUCGAGGAGCAUGAGAAGCUGUCCCGCAAGGGCAACCUUUCGAAGAGUGUGGAAGAUGUACAGAAGACCAUUGAUCUCCUAGUCAAGGCACGAGACUCAAUAGUAGCAAACCAGAAUAGUGCUUCAGUGACACUAGCCAAGCUCCAGAAUCCCGUCAAGCAAUCAUUCGAGGCUAUCAACAGCGACCUGAAAGAUGUCUACAAAGGACUUGGCAACUAUUCAAAGGCGUUGGAUAAGAAAUUCAGAGACAAGCCCCUGCCAACGACCGAUUAUGACGCUCUGUCCUCACACCCAGCACUGAUCAAUCGCGCCAUUGCCAUGCACCUCCUGAGGGAGGGCCAAUUCUCGGUUGCUUCAACCUUUCUGACCGAUGCUACCAAUAACCCUCCGCGUCCAGAGCUCUCUUCCGGUACACCGAAGCCAUACGCAAGCCUUGAGGUAGAUUUGGGAAUAGAUUCCCUCAAGUCAGAAUCGCUUCGGAAACAGUUCGCCAACAUGUACCAUAUCCUGCAUGAGUUGAAGAACCAGCAGAAUCUUCUACCUGCCAUCGCAUGGGCCAGGGAAAAUACCGAUGCAUUGGAGACAAGAGGAAGCAACUUGGAGUUCGAACUCUCAAAGCUACAAUUUGUUUGGCUCUUCACUGGAGGCUCGAAUCCGGACGACGCGAGAAGCUUGCUUUUUGGACAACAGCAAGCGCUUGGAUACGCUCGUCAGGAGUUUGCCCAUUUCCAAGGACGCUACCUCCGAGAGAUUCAACAGCUCAGUGGCGCUAUGGCCUUCUGCCCCAAUCUGGCUCAGUCUCCCUAUCGACGAAUUUUCCACAAUGAGGAUGCUUGGGAUGACCUGGCCAAUUCAUUCACUCGGGAGUUCUGCUCGCUUCUUGGCUUGUCCGCGGACUCUCCUCUGUACAUUGCUGCCACAGCUGGUGCGAUAGCCUUGCCUACUCUUCUUAAGCUCCAGACCAUUAUGAAAGAGAAGCGAACAGAAUGGACGACGCAGCAUGAGCUCCCAGUUGAAAUACCUCUUCCGCCUGCCUACCACUUUCACUCUAUCUUCGUUUGCCCGGUGUCGAAAGAGCAGACGACAGACGAGAAUCCACCGAUGAUGAUGCCUUGCGGACACGUUGUCGCGCAAGAAUCGUUGGCGAGAUUAAGUAAAGGGUCAAGGUUCAAGUGCCCGUACUGUCCAAGUGAAAGCAGGCCGGAAGAUUCGAUGAAGCUUUUUAUGUAA